AUGUCGUCAGUUGUUUCUGCGUCACAAAAUAAGUUGAAUGAGUUAUUGGAGGCCAUAAGGCGAGAGUUUGCGCAGGUAUCGCAAGAGGCAAACACUUAUCGUUUACAGAAUCAGAAGGAUUAUGAUUUCAAAAUCAAUCAGCAAUUGGCUGAGAUGCAGCAGAUAAGAAAUACCGUUUAUGAACUAGAAUUGACACAUAGAAAGAUGAAGGAUGCCUAUGAAGAAGAAAUCAACCGUUUGAAAAUUGAAUUGGAACAAAGGGACAGGCAAAUUGCUUCAUUUACGGUCCACCACCAUCAGCAGCAGCAGCAACAAGUGCAACAACAACAAAAACAACAGUUGCAGCAGUUGCAAUUGCAGCAACAGCAGCAACAACAGUUGCAACAACAAUUGCACCAACCAGCAGUGGCUCCUAAUACAAGUGUGAAUUCGCCAGGUGCAUUUGCCAAUCAUGCUCUUCCAAGAACUGCAAUGGGCUCGAUGCCUCAUACUUUGCCAGCUGUCGGUACUGGUGGGCAUAUGCACCCUGGUGUACCGCUAACGGGUCCUGAACAUGUUAGUGUAGAUAACAAACCAACGGAUGCUGCAGCAGCUAAUCAACAACAGCAGCAGCAGCAGCCUACGGCAGCGGCACCAUCUCAAGUUAAACCUGCAAUACCAGGUUCUGGUUCGCCGCCCACUAACGCUUCACAAUUGCCCGUAAUCGAACAAGAACAACAGCAGCAGCAACAGCAGCAGCCUCAACAACCUCAGCAACAGCCUCAACAACCUCAACAAGAAACUCAAGAAUCUUCUCAACAAGUUCAGCAACCACCACAACAGCCUCAAGGUCAAGCUCAGCCUGAGCAGCAACCUCAGCAGCCUCAGCCACAAGCACAGCAACCUCAACAGCAGCAGGAUCAUUACUUGGUUCCAUACAACCAGAGAGUUAGUCAUUCUAAGCCAAUUCCACCUUUUUUGCUUGAUUUGGAUUCUCAAUCUGUUCCAGCCAGUUUGAAAAAACAAACCGAUGAUUACUACAUUCUUUACAAUCCAGCUCUACCUCGUGAACUUGAUGUAGAAUUGCACUAUUCGUUAGAUCAUACUUCCGUUGUUUGUUGCGUCAGGUUCAGUAACGAUGGUGAAUAUUUGGCAACAGGGUGUAACAAAACUACGCAAGUUUUCAGAGUUUCUGAUGGUGCUUUAGUAGCAAGGUUAUCAGAUGAUAAUGCCACACAAGGUCCACAAGGUCCUAGUGGUGGUACUAGUGAUGACGACUACAAUAACGAUGCAAAUUCUUUUGCAAAUACAAGGACAGCGUCAAGUGAUCUUUACAUUCGUUCCGUAUGCUUUUCCCCAGAUGGUAAAUUUUUAGCUACAGGUGCAGAGGACAGAUUGAUUAGAAUUUGGGAUAUUGCUCAAAAGAAAAUUGUUAUGGUUUUACAAGGUCAUGAACAAGAUAUUUAUUCAUUGGAUUAUUUCCCUUCAGGUGAUAAAUUGGUUUCAGGAUCUGGUGACAGAACUGUUAGAAUUUGGGAUUUACGUACAGGACAAUGCUCCUUAACACUGUCAAUUGAGGAUGGUGUUACUACUGUCGCUGUUUCGCUUGGCGAUGGUAAAUACAUUGCAGCUGGUUCCUUAGAUCGUGCUGUACGCGUUUGGGAUGCAGAAACUGGAUUCUUAGUAGAAAGGUUAGAUUCUGAAAAUGAAUUGGGUACUGGUCAUAAGGAUUCGGUUUACAGUGUAGUAUUUACGAGAGAUGGACAUGGUGUUGUUUCCGGAUCCUUAGACAGAUCUGUUAAACUUUGGAAUUUGAGUAGUGGUCAAAAUAAUACAAAUGCAGAGACCAAACCUGCACCGGGAACUUGUGAAGUUACCUAUACUGGACAUAAAGAUUUUGUUUUAUCUGUGGCUACUACAAGAAACGAUGAAUAUAUAUUAUCCGGUUCCAAAGACCGUGGUGUACUAUUUUGGGAUACAAAAUCAGGAAAUCCAUUGUUGAUGUUACAAGGUCAUAGAAACUCUGUUAUCUCUGUGGCUGUCGCUAAUGGAUACCCCUUGGGACCUCAAUAUUGUGUAUUCGCUACUGGUAGCGGGGACUGUAAGGCAAGAAUUUGGAAGUAUACUACUACUGGAAAUGAUUCAAACGAUCCUAAGGUUAAAGAAGUAAGGGAUUGA